AUGACCGCCUCGGCUCCCGCGUUCUUCCCCAACCGCCGCAAGCGCCACCUCGACGCCUCCCCCCUGCCCCGCCACUUCCACGGCCCGCAGAGCCACACCCGCCUAAGCCAGCUUCUCCGCCGCUUGUUCUUGCCGCUACCACCGGAGGCGAGGUCCUUCGCUUUCGACAUGGGCAAUUACAUCUCCAGCGUCUUUGGCAGGCCCAGUGAUGACGGACGGGGGCUCUUCAGUCGCUGGGUCCGCAAGCGGCAGGAUCUCACGGUGGCCAUGGAUGAGGAGGCGGGGACUGGACUGCCUUUUGUGGACCGGCGGAGGGUUACGGAUCCGAGGAAGGUUACGUUGGAGGCGGAGGCGGUGAAGCCUCCUCAGCAGUGGAAGAAAAGGGUGCCAUACUACAAGAAGGCAUACGAGGCGACGACGACACAGCACAAUAGGAGAUUGGAGGAAAUAAGGAUCGAUGUGAAGUUCCAAGAGGAGAAGCUUUCUGAGAUACGGAAGUCAGACAAGGCUGUCAAGGAGGAUCUGUCUGAACUAUUUAAACCUCUCACUGCUGAGGAGGAAAAUGAAGUUCAUGACUGUUUCUACAGUAGAGGCCCAAGUAGCAAAGUUCUAGUGCUGCAUGAACCAUCUAACAUUGAGAUUAGCAAAGAGAAAUUCCAGUGCUUGAGACCCCAUUGCUGGUUAAAUGAUGAGGUUAUUAACCUGUACCUUGAAUUGUUGAAGGAGAGAGAGAAAAGAGAACCAAAAAGGUUUCUGAAAUGCCAUUUCUUUAAUACAUUCUUUUAUAAGAAGCUUGCUUGUGGAAAAAAUGGUUAUGACUACAAAUCUGUUAAAAGAUGGACCUCCCAUAAGAAGUUGGGAUAUGAACUCAUUGAAUGCGAUAAAAUAUUUGUCCCUGUGCAUAAAGAUGUACAUUGGUGUUUAGAAAUUAUAAACAUGAAGGAAAAUACGUUUCAGUAUCUUGAUUCCCUUGGUGGCAUGGAUCAUAAUGUACCAAGAGUACUGGCUCGAUAUAUUUCAGAGGAAGUGAAGGACAAAAGUAACAGAGUAAUCAACACCAGUUCGUGGCAUGAAGAGCCAGUUGAUGAUAUUCCUUUACAGCAGAAUGGGUGGGACUGCGGUAUGUUUAUGCUCAAGUACAUUGAUUUCCACAGCAGAGGACUGCCCCUGUCUUUUAGUCAGGAACACAUGGAAUAUUUUAGGAAGAGGACAGCGAAGGAAAUCUUAAGACUAAGAGCUGACUGA